AUGGGGAAUCUGGCAUCUUUGAUCUUGAGAAUCUCACCUUUGCCCACAAUUGUGCAAAUAUGGAAGAAAAAAUCAGUGGAGCAAUACUCAGCAGCACCCUACCUUGCCACAUUCCUCAAUUGUGGCGUUUGGGCGUUUUAUGGAACCCCCAUUGUGCACCCAAAUAGCCUCCCUUUGUUGACCGUUAAUGGCUCAGGCGUAGCCUUUGCCAUUGUCUACUUAUUCGCAUUUCUCUACUGCUCCGACAGAAAGAAGAGGUUUAAGGUAGCACUCAUCGUCCUGGCCGAGGUUGUUUUCAUGGCAACUCAUGCCAUUCUAGUACUCACUCUUGCCCAUAAUUGGAAACUUCGAUCUGCCAUUGUUGGUAGCACUGCAGGGGCGUGUAACAUUCUGAUGUACGCCUCUCCCUUGGCAAUCAUGAAAUUGGUGAUUACGACAAAGAGUGUAGAAUACAUGCCAUUUUCCAUUUCAUUAUGCUCGUUUGUGACUGGUGUUUGCUGGACUGUCUAUGCGCUUCUUCCAAUUGAUCCAUAUAUUCUGGCACCAAAUGGUAUAGGAGCUCUAGCCGGAUUGGCACAAUUAGUGUUGUACACAAAAUAUUACAAAUCUAACAAAAGUGUUGACAAGAAUUCCCAGGUGGAUAUGGAAGUGGGCAUGAGUGAGUUUGACUUAUCUACCCACGCCAAGAAAUCCAGCAGUGAGAAUUCACAGGUCAAGAAGCAUCCUGACUUGACUCUACUUUCUAAGGGUGUGUCAGGUUUGAACUCUGAUGAAGACAUUCCCUUGCCUACUGCUGAAAUUCCACCUGACUCACCCAACUCACCUGAGAGCCCACCAGUUAUUCUAGCUCAGGACAGUGAGCUUGACAAUACAAAAACAAUACCACCACCAGAGCCAAGGAGAUCAACAAGAGUAGGAAUCACACCUACCCAUCUUAGUGAUUAUGCUUCUCAGAAUGCUACUAGGAGAACAUCUCCACAUGACAUAUCUAAUUUCAUGUCCUAUGAAAAUCUAUCACAAGCAAACAAAGUUUUUUCUGCAAAUGUCUUGGAUGCCAAAAAACCAAAGACUUACAAUGAAGCCAUCAAGAAAGACUGUUGGAUAUAA